CAUGGCGUCAGGGGGCGGGGCAGUGGUGGUAGGACGUCACUGCGGGCACCGGUGGACAGCAGGAGGCCUGUUCGGGUGCAGCCGGUGUGCUUGGAGUUCCGGAGGGAGUCCCGCUGGGUCCGCAGAGACGCCCGGCUAUAGCUGCGGGGUGGCGUCGACUGGCUCCCGCACAGCCUGGCUCCCUGGCGGCCGACGAUGAGUUUGACCCCUUCGAGGGGAUGCCUCCUGGACCUGCCCUGGGAGGACAUCUUGGUCCCACAUAUUCUCUGUCAUCUGCCGCUGCAGCAGCUCCUGGGCCUGCAGAGGGUCAGCAAGGCUUUCCAGGCUCUUGUCCAGCUGUACCUGGCCAACAUGCGAUGCUUUGACUCCAGCCAGAUUAGCUCGGCCGUCCCUAGAGAUGCUUUCCUCAACCUGCUGAAGGACAACAAAGUGCUGCAGCAGCUGGCGCUCCAGAACUGCUCUGACUGGCUGACGGAUGGGGAGCUGCUCCCAGUCAUCAUGCAGAACCACCACCUGCACCACAUUCAGCUGAAGGGCUGCGCCCAGCUCAGCUGCCACGCACUGAUGGUCAUCUCGCUGAACUGCCCCAACCUGCGGCAGCUCUCCCUGGCUCACUGUGAGUGGGUGGACAGCCUGUCCUUGCGCAGCCUGGCCGACCACUGCAAGGCGCUGGAAGCUGUGGAUCUGACGGCCUGCCGGCAGCUGAAGAAUGAGGCCAUCUGCUACCUGGUGCAGAAGUGCAGCAGGCUCAAGUCUCUCUCUCUAGCUGUCAAUGCCAAUGUAGGCGAUGUGGCAGUAGAGGAGACUGCCAAGUGCUGUCCUGAGCUGGAACACCUGGACCUCACAGGGUGUCUGCGAGUCAAGAAUGACUCUAUAAGGGUUCUGGCUGAGUACUGUCCCAAGCUGCGCUCACUGAAGGUGAAGCAUUGCCACAAUGUGGCUGAGUCCAGCCUGAGCGUUCUCCGAAACCGUGGAGUGGAGCUGGAUGUGGAGCCUCUGCCGCAGACGGCUCUUGUUCUCCUGCAGGACAUGGCUGGCUUUGCCCCUUUCAUUAACCUCCAGAUCUAGAACUGCUGCUGCUAUUGGGGGGGGAGGGGGAGGGGGCAACAUGUCACUGAGAUCCCUGGUGGACGCUGGAACUGGUUCCUGCUGAGAUGUGCAGAGGGAGAAGUCGAUCCUGUUGGUGAGGCUGGCCCAAAAGGGGCUCACUCUUCUCUCUGGGGCUAUUUAACAGCCACUGCACAUUUGUGAGUGAGCUCUGUGUGUGCCUCCUGGAGAACAAACUCCCUCCGAAGCAGAGUGAAGACAGUGAGGAACUUGCAGGAAUACCAUAGUGCUGAACAGACCAGCUAAUACACAGGAUUUAUUAUUUGUCACAUUUUAAAUUUCAAAGUUGCAGUUCUCCAAAGAGCAGGAGAAUGUUUGAGGACCGUGGACUGUCACCUUCUGAGGAACUUGUGUAGGACACGCCAGCACUGCUGUUGAGAACAAUCCACGCUAGCUGGAGUAGUAAGGAGAAAAACUGGCAGCCCUCAUUCUGGCAGGUGAGCUCUGGGAGGAAGGCAGUGUGAGCCCAGCGUACAUGUGCAGACCUAGCACCCUGCCACAGGCACUGGGUUAGCACAAGACAGUAAUUGUUUUCUAGGGGAAUAUGCUCCUAACUGCAAUUCCAGUAGAGGAAAAGCACCAAACCUCAUUGUGCUAUUGCUGAGAGCAGUUGGUUCUUGCUAUUUGUUUCUUCCAGAUUAUGAUUUACAUCUCUGUGGUACUCAGACCUGCUCCUACAUCCUGCUCCAUGUUGCACAGCUGUAGGCUUGCUAUACAAUAGUGGCUAGAAAUGGCAAUUGCCAAAUGGCCUGGCCAUACUGUCAGCUGGAGUUCAUGGAGUGCUGCAGGUCGCGUUGGCAGGGAGAGCCCAGCUCUUGUUUAGAGUCUAGCCUCAUCAUCUGCAUCUAAUAAGUGGUCAAUCAAAGAGUAGCUACUUGUAGUAAGCAAGAUGAAGGUAGUGAUUAGGAGACGACCCUGCUCCUUGAAGAGGGAUCAGAGGCAGGGUCUGUAAAGCAUGUGCAUGCUUCAGCUGAAAUACACACCAACUCACAUCACCUUUAUUAACACUUGCACUCAAAGCAACAGUGCACAGAGAUUUCUAAAAAGCUUGCUGCAAAACCACAAGCUACAUUUUUAGAUCUAAAGUCCCAUGCAAGGAAUAGCAGAGAACGCCCAGGCUCCCAACAACCAUUAUGGAGUGCCCCAGGGGCAGAAGCGCAGCUACACAAGGAGAGGAGACUUGACCUUAUCAGCUAGGUUAGUUCAGGAAGCUGAAAGCAGUGUCCUGGCUCCUAGGUUAGUUCCAGUUAGUGUUGGGUAGGGGAGUCCCUUCAUCCCCAGUGCUGCAUGUCCAUCCUCCACACCUGGCCAGUGAGGUGGAGGCUGAAGAGCAGGAGGACAUGGCUGUCAGUGGAACUUGUACUUCCUGGCUGGUUUGAGGCUGAUGUAAGUUUUCUUCAUCUCCUCACUUUCUGGCUUCUUUAUGUCUUUGUACCUCUCUCCCUUUGUACUCACCACCUGGUUAUCGAUGUAGCGGAUCAGCUUCUUGGGAGCCUGGAAAGACAUAAACAUCACAUAAGGGCGACAAGCGUAAGCUUGUGCUUGGUGAAUAAGGGAAAAGACUAGGUUGGGAUGAGUACCUGUCCUUUACGUUGGGAGUCUUAGCUAAAAAUGGGAAGAAAGCGGUCUGAGGAGGGGGCAGAGGGGAAAAGCUGGAGGGAGCAGGAACAGUGCUAGUCAGGAGUGCCAGAUAAUCACAGACCCUGCAGUAGCACCUCUUAGCUGACUAGUUCUCCUUUGAGACUACUGCUGCAAAUUCCCUCGUGUGUUAUGCUGCUAUUUAGAUGUGCAGCCUGCUCUUUAAACCUUGCAGCCAAAGGCAUUCAAACUCCCUGUGAGCUGGAACUGCACUAUUCUCACCUCUUUCGGUGGAGCGGGUCGAUGUGUUUUCUGAUCUUCUGCACUAUCCACCAUCAUAUAUCUGAAACACAAGAUGCAGUAAGUGAACACUGCAACAUGCAUUGCCUAGCGCUAUUCACAGCCUUUAUCUCUAAUUUCCUGUCUGGUUUGGGGCUGUGCAAUGUGUCCUACUUGCGUAGACUGCAGUUAGGAGCACUUAAGAUUCCCUACUGAAUGAAAUAGGUAAGAAGAGUGUCACCCUUCUGAUGAGAAUUCAAGAGAAUUCUCAUGGAAUAGCUGGCCGUAUGAAUGGUAUCAAAACCUUAGGCUGUUGAGAAAGCAGAUAGCUUCCUUAAAACUGAGGGAGGUGCUGAGGUCGGCAUGCUUUGCCAUUAGGACAACUUUGCUCCUUUUCACUUGGUGUGAUGGCAGCCAAAGGAAGAGGCCACAGGGCCAAAUCUCUUCUGCCUGAAGAGAUGGUAUGCCUUUCACACUCCAUGUGCUACUUGACAAGGAGUUGAGUUUGAGCUGGAAGCAGCUUAACAGAAACAUCAUCUCACUCCCUAUUUAAAAGGAACACCAGAGCCCAAGCAUUUGCUUGCUGUACUGCUGAAUUAGCAUUGAGACUUCAGAGCUGGUCUGUAGGUGGACAGCACAGCUGACCACAACUUCUCCCUCAGUACUUAGCAUAGUUGUUCCUGUGUAUUUUCAGCUAUGGCAAUCUGCUCUUUGUACCUGUGCUUGAGUGAUGUUUAAAGUACAGGAUAUUGCCAAAAUGUCAUUAAAGUUCCUAGGAACUUAACUAUCA